UUUAUACCUUAAAAUAAUCCCAUCACUAAUUUGUCAAUGUUCGAUUCAUCAUUGCAUGAACUUUCAUUCCCCCAGAUUUUUAAUUUCAAUUAGUUUUUAAAAAAAUUUAGAGUGCUCUGCCAAAACAAUGAGAAGAUAUAUAUAUAAUUUGUAAGCAUGCACAUACAGAAUUAAGCAACUACGUGGAAGCUCGCUUCCUCUUCUCCCAGGUUCAGUCAUAUCACCCCACAGAUUCUUACUUCUAUAAAUACCUUAUCUGAUUACAUUAUCUUCCAUCGAAUCCUCUGCUUCGAAAUUUCAAGUACCACCAACUUCCCCAAACAUUUCAAUUAACUCGAGUCUGUGUGCAUGGGAGAGCCCAAUUCCAGCAGCAGCACUGUCUACGGUGCUGCAACUUCUGCCUACAGAGGCGUCCGCAAGCGAAAAUGGGGCAAGUGGGUGUCUGAAAUCCGCGAGCCGGGGAAGAAAAGCCGAAUUUGGUUAGGGAGCUUCGAGACCCCCGAGAUGGCUGCCACGGCAUUCGACGUGGCAGCAUUUCAUUUCCGAGGACGUGAGGCCAGGCUCAACUUCCCGGAACUUGUCAACUACCUGCCACGCCCUGCCAGCUCGAGCCCCGACGACAUACGCAUGGCUGCGCAUGAAGCGGCUUUAAGGCUGAGGAGUAAUGAUGGUGACACUACUAAUUCUUUGGGGGCAGCAGGUCAUUGUGACGUUGGGAGCUCUAGCUCGAGCGGGGUGGCUCCGGUGACGGUGAGGCUGUCACCGAGUCAAAUUCAGGCAAUUAACGAGUCUCCCUUGGACGGGAUGCAAAUGUCUGAGGCUCUUAUGUUUGAGGAAUCCAUGAUGUUCUCUAAUGACUUCGACGAUGAGGGCAUGAAUAGUAAUCAAUGGGAGAAUAUUCAACAAGAUUCUCUGUGGGAUCCUUAGGUAACGUUUUGCAUAACACAAAUGACAUAAUCACUAUAUUUAAUCAUCAUAUCCGACAAUUACUUUGAGUUUUAUAACUAAGUGUGACUAAGUUUGACAUAUAUUUAUUAUGGAAAUAAUUUCUUACAAAACUCUCUAAUAUAUGAUGUUGUUAGACUGUGAAACGAGAAUGAUGAGUAAGAUUUAAUUAAACUCGACGAACUUGAUCACAGUACUAAUAACAUAAUAUGUCAGACUGUACGGUAGAAUAAAAUUUCCUGCUUAAAUAAGUGUUCAAUAACACUAAUUUUAUAAUAAAAAAAAAUCAAGAUUAAUGGUAAGGUUUGAGCUUCUAUAAUCAUUCAUUGGCAAAUAUAUAUACACAUAAAGGAAGGCCAUCUAGGGAUAUAGCACUAGAGGGUCACUAUUUUUUUUCAGGGAAGGCCAUUUGUGUUCACAAUAUUAAGAGAUACCCUUGGCGGGUCCCUUUUAACAUUUGAUUAUUUGGAGGGUUUCUGAUAGCUCCACAAGCAUUUGUUGUAGUGGGUGUAAUUGAUUUGAUUCGUGUAAGAGCCACAAACUCACAUAUUGGCUACUCUUUUUAAAUCAGCUGUUGAAGAGUGUUGUGUGUUUCAUAUGUAAUGGAAUUCAAAUUAUAUUAUC